AUGGCCGCCACUCUCUGUCAGGUGAUGGGCUUUCUCCUCGGUUUGUUAGGGACGGCGGCAAUAAUCGCAGCAACAGGGAUGGACCAGUGGGCGACGGAGGACCUCUUCGACAAUCCUGUGACCGCCGUGUUCUCGUACUCGGGCCUGUGGAAUUCAUGUGUCCGGCAGAGCUCCGGCUUCACAGAGUGCCGGCCUUAUUUCACCAUUCUGGGACUGCCAGCUCUGCUCCAAGCCGUCCGAGCCUUGAUGAUUGUUGGCAUUGUUCUUGGAGCCAUUGGCUGUCUGAUCGCCAUCUUUGCACUGAAGUGCUUGAAAAUGGGGAACAUGGAAGACAACAUCAAAGCCACAAUGACUCUGAGCGCUGGGAUCAUGAUAGUUCUUGCAGGCAUCUGUGGCAUUGCCGGGGUCUCAGCCUUUGCUAACUUGAUUGUGCAGAGUUUUCGGUUCACAACGUAUUCUGAAAGUGGGUUCGGCUCGUAUGGAGGUGGUAUUGGUGGACUCUCAGGAUCUCUGACUCCCAGGUACACGUUUGGCCCGGCUCUUUUCGUGGGCUGGAUCGGUGGUGCUGUAUUGGUCAUUGGAGGCAUCCUGAUGUGUCUGGCUUGUCGUGGAAUGUCUUCAGAUGGGAAGCAACGGUACGAUGGGAUGACCUACAAAGCUGCUUCACAACACACCAUGUACAAGUCGGACACUAGACCCCGUCCGGCCCACAACGAUUCCUACAAGGUUCAGAGUGUGGAUGGAAGGCUGUCGAACCAGAGAUUUGAUUAUGUGUAG